GCCCACGUUGAAAUACAGCUUCGGGCAGACGGUAAGGUAAAGACAUAUAACCCGGCAAUGUCUGUGGAAUUGCCCGGCCCGAGAAAUGGGAUUCGCGGCCAGAGAUUGCGAAAUUCCAAGGGGGACACCUCCACUACUCCUUUAUAAGCGUAGCCAACCACGCCCACAAAGCAAGCCAAAAAAACAGGCCGGGCCGGAACCGGAAAACAAACGACCCUCGUUUGCAGCCCAGCUCACGACCGUUGUUGGUGACCAAAAAAAGAAAGAAAAUUUGGCAUGGGUCUGUAUCGACGGACGGUGUUAAGUGAAACAGUCUGUGUUGCGGCGAGGAAGCCGAGCGCCUCAUCACCCAGACAACAAUCAACAAACAAACGAAGAACACAAGAAACAAAGAAACGAAAAAAAAAGAAAAACAAACAAAGAAAGAAACAAACAAGUCAAAGAAAUAAACCAGAGGAUGAAAGAACACAAAUGAACCAACUAAACAAAGAAAGAACACGAACAAUAAAAGCACGACCAUUAAAAGCACGACCAUUAAAAGCACGAACAUUAAAAACACCAACAUUAAAAACACGACCAUUAAAAGCACGAACAUUAAAAGCACGAACAUUAAAAGCACGAACAUUAAAAGCACGAACAUUAAAAGCACGAACCAUUAAAAGCACGAACAUUAAAAACACGACCAUUAAAAACACGACCAUUAAAAACACCAACAUCAAAAAAACACCAACAUUAAAAAAACACCAACAUUAAAAACCGAAGCCGACACAACAGCCUGCGCCACCUGCAAAACCAGCGUUGUGCUGAGCCCAACCAGAGCCUGGGGGCCCG